UCCACAACGCUUUAGCAUCGGUACAUGGCGUCCAUAACACUACUCGUUGCCAUUCCCUGUCCGAUAGGUUGUAGAAAGGCCUUUAACAGUUGUAGGAAAUCAUUACAGUAGUUCAUUAAAGCUUUAAAUAUGGCGAACAGUGUGUGCGAAAAGCUUGAUCUAAAAAGCCCUUGUGGUGACGCAUAGUUUGGGGGCUUGCUGGGUGGCGAGGUAGGUUAAGGAAUAUCUCGAGGAUUCUGGGUGGAUAAAUGAGGCAACUGGAUUAAACCGUGUUUAUUCCUCCUCGGUAACCGCACGGGAUUUCAGGAUGGCAGGGAUCGGUAACGGUUCAACAUCUGGGAUGGGUGACAUAAUCCAGCUGAACGUCGGAGGAACGAGGUUCAGCACAUCACGACAGACUCUGAUAUGGAUUCCUGACUCUUUCUUCUCAAGUUUACUUAGUGGGAGAAUAUCAACACUACGGGAUGAAACUGGAGCCAUUUUUAUUGACAGAGACCCAACAGCAUUUGCUCCCAUUUUAAAUUUUCUUCGAACAAAAGAACUAGACUUAAGGGGGGUUAACAUAAGCAUCAUACGACAUGAAGCUGAGUUCUAUGGCAUUACACCCUUAGUACGACGUUUACUUCUCUGUGAGGAACUGGACAGAUCAUCGUGUGGAAGUGUGCUGUUUCAUGGCUACCUCCCUCCACCAGCUCUGCCUGCCCGAAGAAAUGCUGGUGGACAGGCCACAGCUGCUGCGAGCCAAGAAGAGCACUCGAGUCCUAGUGGGGCAGAAGGGGGGUCUUCUCUCCCUGGACCCUCCGGGGCAGAUGGACCUCAAAGACUGGGCUCACCGGUCGACCCCAGGAAGGUGCUGAUCGUCGCUGGCCAUCAUAACUGGAUCGUAGCGGCAUAUGCACAUUUUGUUAUUUGUUACAGGAUAAAGGAAUCUUCUGGCUGGCAGCAGGUGUUUUCAAGCCCGUACCUGGACUGGGCUAUCGAGCGGGUGGCCCUCAAUGCUAAAGUUGUGGGCGGCCCACAUGGAGAUAAAGACAAGAUGGUUGCAGCAUCAUCGGGGAGCAGUAUCAUACUCUGGAGUAUUCAGGAUGGAGGAAGUGGAAGUGAAAUAGGUGUGUUCAAUCUUGGCGUGCCUGUUGACUCACUGUUUUUCAUCGGGAGUCAGUUAGUCGGCACCAGCCACACGGGGAAGGUAGGGGUGUGGAACGCCGUCACACAACAUUGGCAGGUGCAGGAUGUAGUGCCCAUCACAAGCUGUGACACAGCAGGAUCUUUCCUCCUGCUCGGCUGUAACAAUGGCUCAAUUUACUAUAUUGACAUGCAGAAGUUUCCACUGAGAAUGAAAGACAAUGACUUGCUGGUGACAGAACUCUACCACGACCCUUCAAAUGAUGCAAUCACAGCCCUCAGUGUCUACCUGACUCCUAAAACAAGUGUGAGUGGGAACUGGAUCGAGAUCGCUUACGGAACCAGCUCUGGGGCGGUACGGGUUAUCGUUCAGCAUCCAGAGACCGUCGGUUCCGGACCACAGCUCUUCCAAACCUUUACUGUCCACCGCAGUCCUGUCACAAAGAUCAUGCUUUCUGAGAAGCACUUAGUGUCAGUGUGUGCUGACAAUAACCAUGUACGCACGUGGACGGUGACACGGUUCAGAGGUAUGAUCUCCACUCAGCCGGGAUCGACUCCCCUGGCUUCCUUUAAGAUCAUCUCACUGGAGGAGACAGAGAGCCAUAGCAGCUAUUCCUCCGGCAAUGACGUCGGUCCAUUUGGAGAGCGAGAUGACCAACAGGUUUUCAUUCAGAAAGUCAUUCCCAUCACCAACAAACUUUUUGUUCGGCUUUCUUCUACUGGAAAGAGGAUUUGUGAGGUGCAGUCCGUGGACGGCACCACCAUUACUUGUUUCACGGUACGAGAGUGCGAGGGCUCUAGCCGUAUGGGCUCCAGACCACGCCGUUUUCUCUUUACUGGCCAUGCAAACGGUAGCAUCCAGAUGUGGGACCUGACCACUGCCAUGGACACAGUCAACAAAAGUGACGACAAGGCCAAACGGGAACCAGAAGUGGGCGGUCCAACGGAGGAGGAGCUGCUGAAACUGCUUGACCAAUGUGACUUGAGCACAUCUCGUUGCGCCACGCCCAACAUCAGCCCCGCCCCCUCCGUGCUGCAACAUAGCCGGCUACGGGAGUCUUCUUCCAGUCUCCAGCUGCAGGCUCAGGAGCCCAUUCCUGAAACGGCCACCUAUGGGGCCCUGCGGCCGUACAGAGAGAGCCCUCUGCUGGCUCGCGCUCGACGCACCGAGAGCUUCCACAGCUACAGAGACUUUCACAGCUUAAACCUAACAAAAACCAUGCUGGAGAACAACGGGCUCCAAUGUGGAUCCACGGAGGACGACGUGCGUCAGCCUGCGGUGGAAAGCAACGGUGAAGAUGGGGACAAAAAAACCUCAACCUUUGAGCUGUGGGGUUCCAGAGCGUCCGAAACGCAGUUCGCAGCUGCGCGCAAAGCUCCGGACAGCCCUGGAGACCCACGGCGAAGGAUACAAUUGAUGGAGGAGGGGGCAGACUGCAGAUCGGAGGGGGUGAGGAGGAGGGCGCCAUUUGAAGCGAACUUCCUGAGCAGGAGAAAAGCACCUCCAGUUCCACUGUUGAGUCCCCCACCUGCAGGGGGCGACGGUGCUGCCAGCGACUCGUCCAGCACCGCCUCACCCUCUCCAACUAAAGUUUCCACAUCUCCGCGCCAUCGCAAGGGCACUGAAACUGCGAGCGAGUGAUGGUUUACACAGAUUUACGAUUUAGAGGUCACACCAAAUACAGUCGUCUCCGACAGGUGAAAGAAGGAAGUAAGUGUGAAAGGUUGGGAAGGACAGCAGCUGGCAGCAAAAGGGAUUUACACAGUAUAGAUGCUGGUUUGUCAUAUGAACAAUUUAAUAGGAUUUUUAUCAAGUGCAACCAUGUUGGCCUCAUUUUCUCCUUUUGGAUCCGACAGAUUGAGCAGGUAGUUUAACUAAUUGGCUUACACCUGAAUUGACAUUUCCUAAAGCAAAUGUACUAGUAAGAAUCUUUAAUAUUGAGUACAUUAGCUUUGCAUGUAUGCACAUUUAAGGCAAAAGUGCUUGUUUUUAUUAGGUUGCUUUUAACAUUGUACCUUUCCCUGCUUUUGCUACUGUCCACUAAUGGUACAUUUCAAAACACUGUGAUGCACUUUACUGUCAGUCUUUAUUUGUAGUCCUUUAUUGUACAUAGAGAGGACGAUUGACCAAUCAAAGCUCAACUAAUGAACACAUUUAAACGGUUGUAGGAACAAUAAUGCAUUUCUUUCUACAUUGAUCCUCUGGGACUCAUUGUUUAUCGUCUAUGACAUUUCAGUGCAGAUCUGAAGUUCAUUUGUUUUAAAUUUAUUCAGUGCCUUUUGCUAAUUUGGAUUGCUGUUUUUCUGAGAAAUCAAAAUCUUUUAUUUCUUUUUUGGUCUUUCUCAUCGACUUGUGAUUGUUGGAUUAUCACAUUAUGUAACUCUGUAACUUCAGUUUUAGAGAGAUUUUCUGCCAACUAAGCAACAAAUCCAAAUUCACAUAUCUAAAAAAUAUACUGUAUUAUUUUUAUUUAACAAAAUUAUAUUAAAAAAAAUAUAUAAAUUAUAGGUAAAAUUAAUCAUUUCUGUUUGUGAUGCCCACAGUUUCUAAACAUCAAACGUUAAUUAUAGGUUAUUUAAAAUUGAUCAGGCAACCUCAAAGCAUAUUUUUAUAAUUUGCAUAUCUAUUGUUAAGAAUACAUGAUAAAGAUUUAUUUAUAUUUGACAUAAAGCCAAUUGUGCAUUGAUUACUGAUCACAAACAGGAUCACUUGCUUUAAUUUCCAGCCAUUACACUUUGUGUAUAAAUUUGAUCCCUAUAGAGAGAAAUGUACAGUAUAUAUAUAUAUAACACUAUUGAUAAUACGUAUGCAAUAUUAUUAAAGUUAUUUGUUACUACAUGAAGAAAACCUGUAUGAACUAUAUGAAGGAAACUAUAUGAUCUCAUUAAUGCUAUGCAAUCGUAACUAUUUUCACACUGAGCAUUGACAGCAGGCUUCACAGCCCGAUACAAAAUCAAAAGAAUGGCUGCUUUAACAAAGUAACUAAUAAAGAAUUGAAUUAAUUAAGACAUUUUUGCAUGUCUUCGUGACACAAUUUUCUUCUUUGAUUUAUUGGAAUACUAUUGUAGUGUUUUUAUUACUACAAAAAUUAUUUCAAACUUGAAAUGUGAACAUUUGAUGAGCAUUUAACUGCACUUACAACUUGUUAACUUGACUCCUGAAUAUGCAUAUAUGUAUUAAUAAACUAUAGUCAAGCAAAAUUGUUUAAUCAAGUGAUUGAGAAUGUAUUUUUCAAUGCAAGGGAAAAGGCUACUACUUCCUGAACUUCAGCCAGCUCCUUGUUUCCUGUCUGCCAUUAUUGGACAAACUGAUUAAUCCAGGUGUGUCUGAU